AGUUUUUACUUUGAUUUGAUUAAGUAUAACAAUUAUAGCAAUUGUUACUUAAUGGAAGGAGAUCAAGAUUUGAAGUUUGUGUGCAAGUGGUGUAACAAGAAGUAUCCAUGUGGGAAGUCACUUGGAGGUCACAUAAAGUCUCAUGCAGUUGAUGAAAAAUUUGAAACUGCUAAGUUGAAAAAGAUGGAAUCUUGGAAUAUUAGUAGUGGGAAGAAUCAAUCCAGUGGGAUUCCUUCUGGUUAUGUUCUUAGAGAGAAUCCCAAGAAAACUUGGAGGGUUGAGCUGAACACCGCACCGCUGCCUCAAGAAAGAGUGUGUCAACAAUGUGGGAAGGGCUUUCCAUCCAUGAAAGCGUUGUGUGGUCAUAUGGCUUGUCAUUCAGAAAAAGAUACAGGGGGCUUGAAAUAUGAUGAUGACGACGAUGAUGAUAACUCAUGGACUAGUAGUGAUCAUAGCCAUUCAGAUACUGAAGCUGGUGAGCUGAUCAGUCAGAGUUGUAGAUCAAAGACUACUAAGAGGUACAACAAAAUUGUAAUUAAGUCGAAUAAUUAUAAUUGUUCGUCUUCUGUGUCUGAGAUUGAUCAAGUUCAAGAACAAGAAGAAUUAGCCAAGUGUUUGAUAAUGUUGUCAAGGGAUUCUAGGUCUUGGAAUGGUGUUAAUUCACAUGUGGAGACUUCUGAUAACAAUUCUGCUAUUUUAGAGACUAAACCGUCGUCUAGUGACAUGAGGAAUAAUGCUAGAAAGAACGGUGUUAAACUUGUAUACAAUCAAGAUGAAAAGCUUCGAAUGAAGAAAGACAGAGACAGAAUUACGAAGAUUGAUAUGUUGGAAGCUGAAACUCAAUCCGAGAAUUCUGAUUCAGAUUACUACUUAGGCGAAAAUGGGAAUGUUGAAUCAGAUGGCUCUGUUGAGAGGUUCGUAGGAAAUAGUAAAGGAAAAUGGAGUACCUCUAAAAUGAGUUUUCAAGCUUGGUUAGACGAGCAUAGGAUGGACGAGAAAAAGGGGAUAAGAAGAAUCAAACAAUAUAUAACAGAGUCAAGUAAGGAUUUGGGUAAGAAAUUUGAACGCGAUGGUUAUGGAUUAGCCUCAAAUUCGUAUAUAUGUGAAUCAAAAAAGAGAACCACAGAUCGAUAUAAUGAUCCAGAGAUAAGGAAUGACUCCAAGAAGAUGAAGUUGUGUGUUAAAAGUCCUGAAGGAUACAAAAAUGAUAUCCAUAAGACAAGAAAAUACGAGUGCUUGAACUGCAAGAAGGUGUUUAGCUCAUAUCAGGCACUUGGUGGACACAGACCGUGCCACAAAAAAGUAAAUGAUUAUUCUGAAUCAACAUAUGAAACUGGUGAGAAUAGCCUUGGUGCUGAUCAUAAUGAUCCUAAAUGCACAAAAAUUGGCAAGCAUAGGGACGUUUUUCGCAACAAAAAACAAGUAGUUCCUUCUCAAGAUUUGCCUUAUGAACCUGAGAAAAAGGUUAAACCGAAAAAAUCUAAAGGACACAAAUGUCCGUUUUGCUAUAGGAUGUUCAAGUCUGGCCAAGCUUUAGGAGGCCACAAAAGGUCACAUUUUAUUAAUGGUGGUGAUCAGGAGAAUCUCAAUCAACAAUCUUCAGCUGUAAAGCGCGAAGUUGCUGAUUUACUCGAUCUUAAUCUUCCUGCUCCGGUAGAUGAGGAGGACGAAGAGCAUGCUCGAUUCAUGUCUUGGUAGAUGGUUAUUAACAAGAUGA